AUGCGGAUGGUCGUGAGUACGGAGCUUGUGCCGGCCAUCUCGGCCUUCAAUGCGGAGGACCCAGCCUCCGCGGUGCGAGCCGGAGAGGCAAAGGAAGCCGUGGAAUCGAUGGACGCAGAGAGCGUCAAGGCCUCGAACGUCCCCGCCCUGGUAGUCCUGGAGUGGAUGUCGAGCGCCAUCACCGAGGCGGAGGAUGCGGCAGCGGCGGCGGCGGCGGCGGAAGCGGCGGCGAUUGCUGCGGCGGAGCAGGCGGCGGCGGAAGCCGUAGAAGCCGCAGAAGCGGCCGCUGCCGCUGCGGAAGAGGAGGGCGAAGAGGAUUGA